AUGGGAAUUUCUGGAUUACUUCCAUUUGUCAAAAAUGCGUGCAGAGCGGGUAAUAUUAUUGAAUUAAAAGGAAAAUCUGUAGCGGUUGAUGUGAGUUGCCUUCUUCAUCGAGGUCUCACUGGAUGUAUGGACAAAAUUCAUAUGGGCAAAGAUACCACAAGUUAUGUCUAUUACGUGGAGAAAUACAUCAAAGAGCUUUUAUCAUAUGAUUGUCAUAUUGUGAUGGUGUUCGACGGUCGGCCGCUUCCUUCAAAAAAACAAACCAUUUUUUUUCGAAAGUGGAGAAAUGUCGACAUCGUCGUGGCGCCGUAUGAAGUGAUGAAGGCCGAACUAGUCGACGCCGUCAUCACGGAAGACUCGGAUUUGAUUGUUUUCGGCUGCGAAACCAUCUAUUUCAAAUGGCAAUCGGGAAGCGGCGAAUGCACUGUUUACGAGAAGAAGAACCUCCCAAAGUGUUUCACCGGUGAACUAGGCGGCGACAAGUUCGACUUUGUGAAAUUCCGGAGAAUCUGCAUCAUUUCCGGAUGCGACUACCUCCAAUCCGAAAGAGGAGCCGGCUCUGAAGUCAUCACCGAUUGCUCUAAGAAAGACAAAAUCAUCUCCAACGUCGUCAAACAUCAAAAAAUUCCAGUCACCCAUACUUACUACGAGAAAUUCCGAAUCAAUUGUGCCAUCAAAACCAAAAAUUGUCAGUCAAAGUCGAUUUUUCGCCACAAACACUGGGACUCUCCUCUAUCUGUGAUUGAAACUGAGAAUACUGUAACGAUCAACACUUUCCGGUUUGUCGGCUGUAAAGGGGCCGGACUCAGUCGAAAAAAGUUCUAA